UUUCGUAUCGAAACGAAUUCUCUCACGAAACCUCUAUUCGACAAUGCCGCCUAAAGCCAGUGGGAAAGCGGUGAAAAAGGCCGGCAAGGCCCAGAAGAAUAUCAGUAAAGCUGAUAAAAAGAAGAAACGUAGGAGGAAGGAGAGCUACGCAAUCUAUAUUUACAAAGUCUUGAAACAAGUGCAUCCUGACACUGGUAUCUCCAGUAAAGCCAUGAGCAUCAUGAACAGUUUUGUUAAUGAUGUCUUUGAACGCAUUGCGGCUGAAGCAUCUCGUUUGGCCCACUACAACAAACGAUCCACCAUCACAUCUCGGGAAAUUCAGACUGCUGUCCGUCUACUGCUGCCUGGUGAACUUGCGAAGCACGCUGUCAGUGAAGGCACCAAAGCUGUCACUAAAUACACCAGCUCUAAGUGAACACGUUUCGCUAUUAUCAAACCGGCCCUUUUAAGGGCCACAAAUAUUUUAUACGUGGAAAAUGUUUCAAUCACUCUGCAAUCUUAACCCCUUGUACUACUCCAAAAAUCAUGAGUAAUACUUACGAUAGUAUUUGCAGCUUAUCUGAAAACUGUGUACAGUAUUUACAGUUGAGAACACUUAAAUUAUUAAACCAUAAUUAUACCAUACAUAAUUAAGCCAUUGCUAUAUUUGGCUUAAAAUUGUUUCUACUGCUAAAAGUUCCGUGUUGUUUAAAUUAUGAGGAUAAUUUAUUUGUAUAACCAAAGUAACUGUGUGUAAUCCUGUUGUAACAUGACUUGUUAAAGUAUAAAUACGUAAACGUGUUAACUAAUGCUCCAAUAUCAAAUACAUAACACGAAAAAUUCAAAUACUGUGUUGACACCCAUUCUAAAUGAGUUUCAAUUUACAUAUUUCAGACAUUCAAAUAUGUUAACUUUGAUAUUUGUAAAUAAAAAUAUGUUUUAUAUCAUC